GCCAUAGUUCGUUUCCAACUACUGAAGAAAACUGCUGAAGUAGCAAUAUGAACGGCGAAAUUAAAAACAAGGUUGAGAUUUGCGCCAGUAGGGUGCGCAAUUUCGCUGUGCUCUACUACACAUUCAUUGACAAAAAACGCCAUCAAAUCGGGUCGCUGUAUCUCGAAAAUGCUACCAUCAGCUGGAAUGGUAAUGGGGCAAACGGACGCGAGAUGAUCGUGCGCUUUAUUGAUGGCUUGCCGCCAUCUAAGCACUAUUUUACCAAUGUGGACGCCCAGCCCAUCCUGGAUCCCGUCGUCGGCGAACUGACCACUUACUUAAUUCAAGUCGGCGGUAACGUAGAGUUUGGCGAUCAGUCGCCACGCUUUUUCCAGCAAUCCUUUAUUGUGACUAUCGAGAACGACUUUUGGAAAAUAAUCUCCGACUGCUACCGCAUGCAGGAUUGAUUCUAUGGUUCAAGCCCCAAAAAUCUCAACAUUCCAUUUUACAUUUUUUAAAAUAAUCUAACAAUAAUGAAAAUAUUGCUGGAUAUUCGUAUAUAAGCUUUCAAA